AUGCACAUGUCACGCAUCGCUCCCAUCCUCAUAGCGGCGGCCCUGCUGGCCCUCACCAGCUGGGCCAGCCCAAUCGACAUGGCAGGAAAAGUACCAUCUCGCAACGAUACUGUUUCCAUCUUCGAGCCCUCCUCCGAUGGAAACGCCACCAAGACCAGCGUCACCGACGAGGAUUACACGGCUAUUGCCGACUCUUUCCCGACCAACCUCCCAGGUGCAGUCAACCGAGACGUCUCUCCACCACCCAGCGAAGACGUCGUCGAUCCCCGGGCCGCCAUCCACGACGCCCUCGCAACCUACGACCUUUCCUACGGCCACCCGUCAGCCGGCGCGAUCGAGGCACUCAGCCCCGACCAGCGCGGCAUCAUCACCAACCUCGACUCGAUGAUCCCGUUGUUGAAGGACCAGGAGGAGAAGGAGACGGCGCAGAUGGUGGCGCGGCUCGUGGCGCAGAAGCUGCUCCACCCUGACGCUCCGGAUGACAGGUUUGCAGAGCAGGCCGCCGUUAUGGUGUAUAGUGCCAGGGAGGAUAUUGGGAUGGGGGAGGCUUCUUCUUCUACUACAACUAAUGCUCCGGUCGGAGAAUCUCCUGACGCUGACGCUGACGCCAGUGAUGAGGACGAUACCAGCGAUGAGAACGAUACCAGCGAUGAGAACGAUACCAGCGAUGAGGACGACGCCGCUAUCGAGGACUACGCUGCUGACGCAGGUGUAGACGGUGACCACGCGUGCUCCUCCUCCUCAGGGCUUACCGUCCACGCCCGCGCCGCCUGCAACAGCAUGUCAGAGUCCAAGAAGCCCAAGAAGAAGCCCAAGAAGAAGCCCAAGAAAUCCAAGAAGCCCAAGUACUGCGCCGAUGGCACCGUGGAGCCCGACUCGGGCGCGCAGGACUGCCCUCCCGUGGCGCAGUGGCAGGCAGCGCAGCAGCAGGGCCGCGCGCUCCGGGCGCACCUGCGCAAGAAGGAGCAGGCUGAUAAGCGGCGAGACAACAAGCGGAUCGCGCGCACCGUGUUUCUGUCGCUGUCGUGUGCGGCUGUGACGCCGUUGCUGAUGCUGUGUCCGCUGAUGACGAUUCCGGGGGCGAUUUGA